CAGAGCUGCAGGACCUCAUUAGUGUUUGGGGAGAGGAGGCUGUGCAAGCACAGCUGCGCUCCAGAAGGAGAAAUUAUGAUACCUAUGGGCAGAUAUCGCAGUCCUUGAUGAGAAGGGGCCAUGAACGGGACGCGUUGCAGUGCAGGGUCAAAAUUAAAGAGCUGAGGAGUGCUUACUGCAAAGCCCGUGAGGGAAAUCGCCGCUCAGAAGCUGCCCCCACAACCUGCCGUUUUUACAAGGAGCUGGAUGCCAUACUUGGGUGUGACCCCACUGCCAAUCCUAGGAGCACGAUGGAGAGUUCAGAGCAGGGAGAAGUGGGGGAGGUUGUAGAGGACGGUGACAGUGAGGCUACUGGCGUGGAGGGAGACACCCCGGAGUCCCAGUACACAUGCAGCCAGGAGCUCUUCUCAAGCCAGGAGGAGGCUAGCCAGUCGCAGCAGCUGGAAGUUGAUGUUGAGGAAGAAGCUGAGGAUCGUGCUCGGGUGACCUUGACUACUGCAGCCGUAUCACCAGCCUCACGUAGGUUGCAGAACUUGAGACGGAAUCCUAGAAAAUCAAAAGAGGAAUUGAUGAAAUCUGUUAUGAGCCACUACAACAGAGAAAGUAGGAAGACACAGGAAUGGAGAGAGACCUGUGAAUGGAGAAGCAGUGUACAUGAAUGGAGAAAGAGUGUACAUGAAUGGAGAAAGAGUGUACAUGAAUGGAGGCAAACAGAAAGCAGGAGAAAGGAAUUGUCUUCCAAAAAAACCACAAAGCAGAUGAUAAGCCUCCUGGCUCGCCAAACUGAGUCAUUCGAGUCUAUUGUAGCCAUGCAGACAAAUAUGUACUGUGGUAACCCACAGCCCUCCCAAAGCCCUCUUCCUUGUUCCCCAGUAUUUCCACAAAACAACUUUCUCCAGCAGCCAGUUCCUUAUUAUCCCCAGCUGCCCACAACACCUGUAAGAUCACCUACCAGCUCUGAUAACUAUAAUUCUUACCCUGUUCACUCCACCCCUAUUAUUCUGCAGCAGAGUAAUCCUGAAUUGCAGCAGACAUUGAAUAGUGAUCAAAAUAGGACAUAUUAAAACCUGUGAAUGUACAGUCCACCACCCCAACC